UCAUUUUUGAAUUUUUUUGAAUUUUCAAAGUUUUUUUGAUUUUUGAUUUUCAAACCAUCAAGGAUGAUUAUGUUGAUGAUUAUUUUAUGAAAAUUAUCCGAUUUGAAACUUUAAACAUGUCAAACAAUCGUUAUAAUCCGGCUGAACUACCACCAACUGUUGGUAUAUUGAUCGAUAAUAUUCAACAAAAUUUUACCGGUAUUUUGAAUUUUUGGGAUGAUCAAACAAUCGAUUAUUUGAAUCAAAAACGCCGAACGAUUCUAAAUGAAUGGGAUCGUAAUAGAAAAUUGGAAAAAAUUAUCGAUUUCGUUUCGUAUAAUCUACGUAAAACACCUGAUCAAAAUGAAAUUGCACCAUUUAUGUUGCCUUCGAUGAUGAUUAAUCAAACAAAUCAUUCUCCAUCAUCACCAUCAUCAAUAUCAUUUUCACCAUCAACACCGAAACGAAUUUCGGCUGCCGAAGUAAAAAAUUGGGAACCAUUUUAUAUUUAUUUGUUUUCGAAAACAUAUGAUGAAUUAGUUAUUUCUGGAACUAAAUCACCAAUAAUAUCAAGAGAAAAAUGUGAAAUUGGUUUACGACGUUUAGAUCUUCGGAAAUCCGAAGAGAUUGAUGCAAUGAUACAUGCAUUGAUUGAUUAUGAAAUUCUAGCAUUUAUUUAUGAAAAAUUCGCACAGAAUAUUGGUCAAAUUGGCAGGCAAAUUUUAUUGGCCGGUAUGGAAAAACUAAAUUAUGCUAUAAAUUUAAGUUUGUUUUCCGAAACUGUCAUUUCAUCAACAACAUUGAUUGAAAUAUUGAAAAAUAUUCAUAUUUUUAAUCGAAAUCUUUUCGAACGUAAACCAUCCAUCCGUCAAGCAUUAAGUAGUUAUUUGAUUUAUCUUCUGAACAAAUUGGAUACCGACGUUGAUGAUGUUAAAUUCAUACUGAACAUGUCUCGACGUUUUGUUCAUUAUUUGAAUCGUAUACGAUUGUUACCAACGGAAAAUCGUUCAUUCAAUAAUCGAUCAUCACAAGUGAAAGAUCAAUCAUCGUAUAGUUUACAUUAUUCACAUUGGUUUGCAGCUUGUGUUUUACCACGUUAUACUAAAUGUUUUCCAUUAUAUUUUGUUUGUGAUAUAUUUGGUUUUGAUUAUCUUCAAUCGAUGAUACGUUAUUUGAAACAAGAUUUUAAACCAUCAUCAUCUGAUUUGGAUAAUUAUUCCGUACAAGAUUAUUUUGAACAUAUUGAAUGUGAAUUUCUUGACCAUGGAAAACCAUUUUGGUCGAAACAGUUUCGUCAAAUGUUACAACAUUCAUCAAUCGAUAUCCUAUUGGUUAAUAUUCAGGAUUAUUUGUUGGAUGAAAAAAUCAUUAGUAGCAGCAACCAGAAUAACAGCAAUUCUUCAAUGACAAAAUCAAAACUACAACAAUUUUAUCGAUUUUACGAACGUCUAUUACGAUUUAAGUCGAUUUUUGACAAGUUUUUUUGCCAGCCGCAACCUAAUUCAACAUUGGAACCAAGCAUCAUUGAUUCUGAAAAUGAUGAUUGUGAAGAAUCAUCAUCAGAUUCAGAUUCAGACGAUCAAGAUGAUGACAUGGAAUUAAUCCCACCGCACUGUAAUUAUUGUGAUAAAGAUAAAUUUUUUUAUUGUUUUAUUCAUAAUCAGAUUAAUCAGUCGACCACAACAAAUCGAAAACAUCUUGAUCAUGAACAGCAAAAAAUUAUAUUGAAACCAAAUCAAUUUCCAAAAGAAUGGAUUGAACGAUUCCUGAUCAAAUUGAAUGAUGAUGAAAUUAUUAUCGGUAUAUUUACAACUGAAAAUUUCAACCCGAAACGUUUAAAUCUACCUGAACGUAUUGAUUAUUAUUUUCCUGUUGGUAAUCCUGAAGAUCAUUUAUAUCGUUUAAUUAUAAAUAAUCAAUUAUUAUCAUCAGUAAAACGGCCAUUAUUUUUGAAUUAUCUACGAAAUUUUCAACCAAAAAGUGAAUUAUACCGAGAUAUAUUGGAAAUAUUUCAACAACAAAUUUCAAUGAAACGAUUCUGUCGUUCACAAUCAAUUCAAUCAAUUGGUUAUGGUUUGGAAACUAUACGACCAAAUAUUGAAUUUCAUCGCCUGCUAUAUACAUCAUUUGUAACCAAUGUUAAUACAAAUAUGUUAACUGAUAUGUUAUCAUUUUUGAUUGGACAAACAUCCGAAUAUGAUUCAUUAUUUGGUUUAGAUUCGAAUAAUUCAACUAAUGGCAAUAAUAAUGGUACUGUACAAUUCAUAUUGAUCAAUAAUCAAUUCCAGAAGAAAUGGGAUGAACGUUUUAAACAAUGGCUUAUCUGUAUACAGAAUGUAUUCUCUUAUCAAUUACCACGUAUGGGUAAAGAUUACAUAACCCGUUUAGUAUUUGAUCCAAGACAUUUGACAUUAGCAUUAAUAAAAAAUGGUUAUCGUGCAAUUGGUGGUAUAAAUUUUCGUCCAUUCAUAUCGAAAGGAUUUUCGGAAAUUGUUUUCUGUGCCGUUUCGUCGGAUGAACAAGUUAAAGGUUAUGGUACAAGAAUGAUGAAUCAUUUAAAAGAUUAUCAUCUAUCACAAGGAAUAUAUUAUUUUCUUACAUAUGCUGAUUCAUAUGCAAUUGGUUAUUUUAAGAAAUUAGGUUUUACCGAAUAUGUUACAUUACCACGUGAACAAUAUCAUGGUUUCAUCAAAGAAUAUGAUGGUGCAACAUUAAUGGAAUGUCGUCUAGAUUCAAGAUUAUCAUACAAUAGUAUUGGACAAAUAUUAUUAAUGCAGCGAACAAUUGUACAGAAAAUGAUUGAAUCAAAACAAACAACAAAUCAAUCAAAAUCAUUUUCAUAUAAAUUUCCAAAUGAUCAUCGUUUGGUACCAUUAUCAUUUAUACAACGAAAAAAUCGUUCGAAAAUUAAAUUCGAUACAAUCGAUACUAUCGAUUUUUCGGAUCAUUCAAAAGAAUUAUAUCCGAAAUUGAAAUCAAUUCUAGCGAAACUAAAAUCACACCAGGAUUCAUGGCCAUUUAUUGAACGAAUCGAUGAACGUGAUGCAUCAAAUUAUUAUGAUGUUAUUCGUUUUCCAAUGGAUUUAACAACAAUAACUGAACGUUUGAAACGUUAUUAUUAUGUUAAUGUACAUCUGUUUCAUUGUGAUAUAAAACGUAUAUUUUUUAAUUGUCGUACAUUUAAUAGUGAAGAUACGGAAUAUUUUAAAAUGGCCAAUACACUGGAAAGAUAUUAUAUUGAUUUAAUGAAAGAACAAGGUUUAUUAACCAAAACAUUAUUGAAUGAAAAAAUGAUUAUAUCGUCAUCAACAUCAUCGACAUCGACACAUCGUGAUCAUGAUCGACAUCAUCAUGAAUCAAUGAUUCAUCAAUGAUUGAUUCUGAUUGAAAUCAAACAGAAUUUGAAUUUGUAAAAAUUGAUUUUUUUUUUUGAAAAUUUUUUUAAAUAAAACAUGGCCAAAAGAUGGCGCCACUAACUUGAAAAAAAUUGAUUAAAAAACUUUUUUUUUUACACA